GGUGCACCACAGUAUGUCUUCCCUGUCACAGCUGAAAGAACUCUUCCGUCGGGCCGAUGCAGUCUGCUUUGAUGUGGAUAGUACUGUUAUUAAAGAAGAGGGCAUAGAUGAGCUGGCAAAGUUCUGCGGUGUGGGAGAUGCAGUGGCAGAGAUGACUCGCAAAGCAAUGGGAGGAUCGCUAACAUUUAAAGCUGCCCUAACUGAAAGACUUGCCUUAAUUCAUCCAUCAAGAGAACAAGUGCAGGCUUUGAUCACAGAACAUCCUCCAAGGCUGACUGAAGGAAUACAGAAUCUGAUUCACCGCCUGCACCAGAGAAAUGUGCAGGUCUUCCUUAUAUCAGGAGGAUUUCAGAGCAUUGUGGAGCAUGUAGCUGCAGAGCUGGACAUCCCUCUGAGUAAUGUCUAUGCCAAUAGACUCAAGUUCUACUUCAAUGGUGAAUAUGCUGGGUUUGAUGAGACACAGCUUACUGCAGAAUCCGGUGGUAAAGGAAAAGUCAUUGGCCUUCUCAAGGAAAAGUAUGGCUUCCGUGAUGUAGUUAUGAUUGGAGACGGUGCUACAGAUAUGGAAGCAUGUCCCCCUGCUGAUGGUUUCAUUGGAUUUGGAGGCAAUGUGAUAAGGCAACAGGUCAAGGAAAAGGCCAAGUGGUACAUUACAGACUUUGAAGAGCUUCUCAGGGAGCUGGACAGUGACAGUAUCAAAAUGAAUCAUAAUGAUAUAAUUUACUAAUGUUCAGCAAGCUAUUACAGUUGUCUAUUAUGUAGCAAGAAAGCCAUUCGUUGGACAGCCUUUUAUACCUUAAGGGCCUGUAAACAUUUUAUAGUGUUUUAUCUUUUUAUCCAAUGAAAACAGUGGUGAAUUCAGUUUUAGUUGUUUUUUUUUUUACUACUAACCUUUACUUGAAGUAACUCUAAUAAGAGAAAAUAAUAACAGGCAUGUUUUUUGCAUUCAUAUUUUUUUCUCCAAGCAGAUGUACUGUUUAUCAUAGAAAGGUGCAGAGUCGCAGUUUUACAUGGUAGAAUACUACUGUUUAUUCUUAAGAUUUCCACUCCACCACAUUUCUUUGUAGAGAAAUUUAGCUGACUUGCUGUCAUUUCACUUACACUUAUUGAAAAUACUUACUGCUGAAUGUAAGUAGAAAAACAAUAAUUAGUUGAUUAUAUAUGUAAA